AUGGCAAAUCUGCCCUACAACAGUUUAUGUUUUACCGUGCGUAACGGCUCUUCGUUACGUUCCAGGAUGGAACAUGAGGCUACCCAGCUAGAGAAGCAGCACGUGCACAGCGUGUAUGAGAACACAGCCGCCUACCUCAGCGACCUGCAGAGCAAAGCGUGGCCUCGCGUGCGCCAGUUCCUGCUGGAGCAGCCGCCCGGCAGCCUCGUCGCAGACAUAGGUUGUGGAACUGGGAAGUAUCUCAGUGUCAACAGUCAGGUGUAUAAUCUCGGCUGCGAUUACUGCGCACCCUUGGUAGACAUUGCAAGGAGGAAAGGUGAUGAAGUUCUGGUAUGUGACAACCUUAACCUUCCCUUUAGGGAUCAGUGCUUCAAUGCAAUCAUUUCCAUCGGAGUGAUCCAUCAUUUCUCAACUAAACGAAGAAGAAUCAAAGCAAUAAAGGAAAUGGCAAGAGUGUUGAUACCUGGAGGUCAGAUGAUGAUUUAUGUUUGGGCUAUGGAACAAAAGAAUCGCCGCUUUGAGAAGCAAGAUGUGUUUGUUCCUUGGAAUAAAGCUUUGUGCUCACGGCAUUUUUCAGAAUCGAGUCAACCCGGAGAUAAGGGUGAGUUUGUGCGUUCUGUAAAGAGCCAAGACGGGCUCCCUGCGCAGCUAGUCCUCUCUGACUGCAGCUACCCCACCAAUCUGCAGUCAGAAACAGAUUCAAAACAUUCCCAUAAUAUGAACCAUUGCCUGUCCAGAGCCUGCUGCCUGAAAAUUUCCGAAGAAGAAAACAGAUUUUACAGUGCUCUAGGAAGAUCUUUCCGUUCCUGGUUUUCCUCCAGAUCCUUAGAUGAAUCAACCCUGAGAAAGCAAACGGAGAAGAUGAAGUCCAUGAAGAAUGAGGGCGAAUGGGCAAACAGUGCCGUAUCCCUCCAGCAUUCGAGACACUGCAGUUUGGACUUAGGGCCUCAUGGGGCCCUGAUAAAAGAACAAAGUUUAGAUGAUGACGAUGUGUUUGUGGCAAACCUGCCUCUCCAAAAAACAGCGUGGUCACCAGCCACAAAUGCACUACAGGAUUCAAAUCUGAAUGGAGGACACCGAAGUGUAAUUCAGAGCAGAAGUGAAGAAACCCCUUUUGUGGGUGGCCCAGUGGAAGAGCAGGACUGUAGCUGCAGCACUAACAAAGAUGAUGCUGGUAGGUCUGAUGGCAGCAAGUUUUUCAAAAGAACUUCAACAACUGACUCCACUGAUUCUGCCUUGGAUUCAGCAGUGUCCGUUGGGGAGCAAAGUGCCGACACGCUGGACACAAAGGCCUUCAUGCGCUACUACCACGUCUUUCGGGAAGGGGAGCUGUGCUCGCUGCUGGAAGAGAACGUACCUGAGCUUCAGAUACUUUCUUCCUGCUACGACCAUGGAAACUGGUGCGUUAUUGCAGAGAAAAAGGGGAAAGAGCUGUAAAAAGAACAACAUUUCAGUAACUGGGGGUUUUAAAAAAUAAAAUGCUUCUUGUGUUCCUGGGAUCGUGCUGUAUGACAUGGAAUUUCAAUCUCAUGUAGUUGUGUGCCAUCCGUUUUCGAUUUUACUAUCUGACUGCCUAUAUGUCCAUCUAAUGCAAGGCCUGUACAUAGAA